AGGCGGAGCCGGCUCGGAGCUGCGGAUGCUCCGGUGCGAGCGGGGCGGGCUCCAGCCCGGCUCUGGGCAUGUGCAACCGGCAGCGGGACCGCCACGGAGCCUCCGGUACCGGCCCUGCUAUCCCAGCACCGGCACCGCUCCGGCCCUGCUAUCCCAGCACCGAUCACUCCCUGGAUCCCGGCACCAGGACGGACCGACUCCCACCGGCACUGACACCGGAGCGGGCACCGGCUCUUCUUCCCCGGCACAAGGUCCGGUUCCCCCCGGCACCGGGCUGACCCCCACGUUAUCCUCCCCCGGCACCGGCACCGCUGCGAUUCCCGGCAUUGCUCGUCCUUCUCCAUCCCCGGCACCGAGAGACCCUUCCCGUUCCGCCGCAGCUUUUAAAACCCACGAGUACGGGAGCGGUGGGAACGGAGAGCUGGGCACGGUGGAGUGGAGCACAGGGAGCAGCGAGCCCAGCGCUGGGGUGACCCUGUCCCCCUGACCUGGCAGGGACACGGAGCAGGGCAGGACCCUCCAAGGACCGGCCCAGGGACGCUCUGUGCCACCGGCGAUGCGAGCCAUGGCAGACCAGGCUGCGGUGGCAGCAGACGCCUCUCCAGCCCUGGCACCGUCCCCGGGCUCGCCUCGGCGUGGGGACAUCGAGGCACCGACUCACGCCGGCAGCACCAGGGAGGACGGCGGCGGCCGGGAUGGCUGCGGGCUCCUUCCCACGCCGGAUGGGGACACAAAACGUCCUCCCUCGCCCCAGCCCGGGGGGAUGCUCCUGGCCGACCUCCCUCGGGCCCCCCAGCCCCGGCUGAGCCCGGCCAAGUCGCGCACGGCUCCGCCGUCGCCCAGCGUGUCCCCGUCCGAGAGCCGAGCCGCGCUGCUCCGCCUGCGCGACGCCAGGCUGGAGGACACCCGGAGGAGGCUGUCGGAGGCCGUGCAGGAGCCCCUGAGCCGCCUGAGCCGCCUCAUGGCCGAGGACAGCAGCCCCACGGGCCGGGCCAAGGAGCCGGGGGGCAGCCCCGGGGGCAGCAGAGGGGCCGGGGGCCGCCGGGUGCGGGAUUGGACACCCUGGGAACCCACCCUGAAUUGCCGCUACGAGAUCUGCUCCUACGGGGACGUGAUCCAGGUGGUGGAGGUGGCACAGAGAGACACGGAACCCGCUCUGCCACCGCCCGAGGAGCCGCCGCCAGCGCGGUCCGGGGGCUCCGUGCCGGGCAGAGCGCUCGCCUCCAUCGCCCUGCUCGCCUACGGCUACCUGGUGCUGCCGCUGCCGCCCUACGCCGCCGGGCUCUGCGUGGGGCUGCUCUGCGGGAUGCUCCUGGGCUUCCUCGCCAUCCUCCUCCUCGUGCCCAAGGCUCCGCCGGCCGCUCGGGGAGCGUGGGGCCGCCUGCGCCCCAAGCUGCUGCCGGGAGAGCCGAGGGAACCCCCCCAGCUGCAGGGCUGGAUGAACCAGCUGCAUGUGUACGACCCCGAGCUUUUCCACCCAUCGCUCACGCACUCGGUGCUCGCCGCGCUGGACGGGGCCACCCUCAAGCUGUCCUACCCCAAGAGCAACAUCCCGCGCCGAGCCACCUUCGAGGAGGAGAUCCUGGACAGCGGCUUUGUCAGCCACCGCUGCUACGACCUGACCGACGCCAAGGUUUUCCUGUGCCCCCCCAGCCUGGCCCGAAAGAGGACGUGGAACAAGAAAUAUCCCAUCUGUGUGCUGCUCCCCGAGGCGGCGGAGGGGCAGGGCAGGAGCAGCGAGGAGCAGGACGCGGAGCUGCAGGGGGAUGAGGGGAGCAGGAAGGUGGCGGUGGCCGGGCAGGACAUGGCCGGGGACAGCAGGGACAGGUGUCUGUACCUGUUUGGGCGGACGGGGCGGGAGAAGGAGGAGUGGUACCAGCACCUCGUGCAAGCCGCCCGUGGGACACUCAGCAGCCACGGUGACAGCAGGGCAGGCAUGGGAUCGGCCCCGCAGAGCAGCGGCAGCAGCAGCGGGGACAGCGCCGAGGACAUCCCAUCCACAGACCCAUCCAGGGAUGUGUCAGGAAGCACUGAGGAGAUUUACCUGGAUUACAGCACCUACAUGGCCCGAUUCGUGCCAGCACAGGGGGCACCCAGCCCGCAGCAGAGCCCCUCUCACGGAGCUCUGGGCAGCCCCACGCCCACCAAGGUGAGUGGGACAAACCCAGCACUGGGAGCGCCAAGCAGAGGCCUGGAGCCCAGCCCAGUUUGUUUGAGCAGCCCUGGGGCAGGGGAGCACAGGACAGCAGGUCCCAGUGCUCUGGUGGCUGCUGUCCCCUCCCAGCCCGGUGAGGACACGGCCAGCAUGGCCUGGAUGAACGCGCUGGUCGGGCGCAUCUUCUGGGACUUCCUGCGGGAGCGGUACUGGGCAGAGCAGGUGUCCAACAAGAUCCAGAAGAAGCUGAGCAAGAUCAAGCUCCCGUAUUUCAUGAACGAGCUGACGCUGACGGAGCUGGACAUGGGCACGUCCAUCCCCUCCGUGCUCAGUGCCUCCAACCCCAGCAUCAACGAGCGAGGGCUCUGGGUGGACAUGGAGGUCACCUACAGCGGCUCCUUGCAGAUGACGCUGGAGACCAAGAUGAACCUGAGCAAACUGGGGAAGGAGAGCUCUGCAGAGGAGAGCAGCCCUGCAGAGGCAGGCAGAGAGGGGGCCAGGCCACGGCUGAUCCUGCUGGCAGACAGCGAUGCUGAGUCCUCCAGCGCUGGCUCCUCGGACGAGGACGAUGGCACCAGUGCAGAGCCCAUGGGAGAGAGGCUCCCCCCGCCUGGCACCGAGGGCCACAUCAGCAGCAACAGCACGAGCUGGAAGAUCCUGCGCUUCGUGGACAAGAUUGCCAAAUCCAAGUACUUCCAGAAGGCCACGGAGAACGAGUUCAUCAAGAAGAAGAUGGAGGAGGUUUCCAACACCCCUCUGCUGCUGACAGUGGAGGUGCAGGAGCUGGCAGGAACCUUGGCUGUGAACAUCCCCCCGCCACCGACCGACCGUGUCUGGUACAGCUUCCGAGUGCCCCCACAGCUGGAGCUGAAGGUGCGCCCCAAGCUGGGGGAGAGGGAGGUGACAUUCCUGCACGUCACCGAGUGGAUUGAGAAGAAGCUGAAGCACGAAUUUCAGAAAAUCCUGGUGAUGCCGAACAUGGACGAUCUCAUCAUUCCCAUCAUGAGCUCUGGCCUGGAUCCUUGGCCAGCAACCACAGCACUGCCCCAGGACCUGCCAGCCAAGGGGGACAGGAGGCUCUGAAGCACAGCCCCAGGGGCAGGGACACUGCCCAGAGCUCAGGGACCUCGCUGGGACACGGGGACAGCCGGGGCCUGGCCACUGACUGCACCCAGGGCUGUGCCUGGGUCCAUCCUCAUCCUCUGCUUCUGCAGAUGAGCCUCCCCAAAUCCUGCAAGCACACGUUCAGGGCACAAGCAGGCUGCUGGAGAGCCAGGAAUUCCAUGGCCACGUUGCCAGAUUCCUGGGCAAGCAGGCAGCUCUGGACAGUGGAGGGCUGGGCUUCCCACUGUCUGGUUCCCAAAGAGGGUGCAGGACACCUGGAUCAUGGCACUGAAGGGGUUGGGAUCAUUGCUGAUCCAAAAUUCCCAGCUCCAAGGCAUCCCCCCCUCCCUGCAGGCAGCUGGGCUGCGAGGGAAGCACGGGUGGGGAAGGAUCCCAAGUGAAUAAAUCCAUCACUGGCCA